GCCGGAAGUGGAAGUCGGGGGAGUACGGCGACGUGUGCGGGCGGGCAGCAUGGCGGGCGGGCUGGAGCCGCACCUGGAGGCGCUGCGGCGGGAGAUGGCGGCGCCCGGUCCCGCCGUGUUCUCCGUCCUGCUGGCGCUGCUCGUCGUCGUCAUCACGUUCCUGAUCUGGAGGUUCGUGCAGGGCAGGAGGAGCAGCCGGAAGGCGGUGCUGCUGCUGGGCCUCUGCGACGCGGGGAAGACGCUGCUGUUCGCGCGGCUGUUGACAGGCAGAUACCGCGAUACCCAAACUUCGAUAACCGACAGCUCCGCAGUUUACAGAGCCAGGAAUGACAAGGGUGCUAACGUCACCUUAAUCGACCUUCCAGGCCAUGAGAGUUUGCGGCUUCAGUUCUUGGAGAGGUUCAAGGCCGCAGCCAGAGCCAUUGUGUUUGUGGUGGACAGCGUGGCCUUCCAGCGGGAGGUGAAGGAUGUGGCGGAGUUCCUAUACCAGGUCCUGGUCGAUAGCACUGUGCUCAAAAAUGCACCCGCGCUGCUGAUCGCUUGCAAUAAGCAAGAUGUCACAAUGGCAAAAUCAGCAAAACUUAUUCAACAACAGCUGGAGAAAGAGCUCAAUACCUUACGAGUGACCCGAUCUGCAGCCCCCACCAGUCUGGAUGGCUCAGCCACUGGGGGCCCUGCCCAGCUGGGGAAGAAGGGCAAGGACUUUGACUUCUCCCAGCUGCCCAUGAAGGUGGAAUUCGUGGAGUGCAGUGCUCGGGGCAGCAAGGGAGAGGAGGGAGAUGCUGACUUCGAGGGCCUUGAGAAAUGGCUGGCCAAGAUCGCCUGAACGGAGAAGGGCAGGGCUGGAGGGAGAGACUUGGGGAGGCUGGGGGGCAGGAUGCUUGGGAACUGAAAGGAAAAAGACGGUCUGAAGCACUCAAAUCUCAUUUUGCUGUGGAAAGAAGAAACUUAAGCUGGAAAACAGCAUUGUGGUAUAUUCCUCUGCUGCUCAUGGGCUUGGGAGCAACAUGAUACCAAUUGCUGGUGUGAUUUCCUCUGAUUGUCCCUAUCACACUGAAACAUCUUUUUCCUCUCCCCUCCUUUUUUGUCUUCCUCUGGGAUGCUGACCCUCUGGGCUUCUGUGUUUCCUUAAUCUUUAGGCUUUUCGAUUGGUAGCUGCCAGGCAAAUCAGGAAGGAGUGCACUGCCAGGUGAGUUUUAGCGAUGGGAGUCUGUGUGUUGUCUUCUGCCUUGGUUUAGCAUUGCAGCCCUGUUACCUCUUGGAGCUACUGAUCACCUCCUGAUUCAGACCUCUUUCCCCAGCCUCUCGCUGCUUGGGAGUGCUGUGCACGUCGUCUGUGCUGCCCCGGCAAAGUGCACAAGACUCUCUCCAUUUGGCAGUCAUUGAGGAGAGUAUAAAAAGAUGUUUACUUCUGCAUCUUCUCCCUUCCCGUUCUUCCAAAGCAGUGCAGUCCCAUUUCUGUGUAACACUACCUGUGUCCUUUGCUGUGUCUUUGGGCGAUUUCAGUUCUUGGGAGUUUUUCUUUAACUGAGGGCUGUGUCCUGAAAGCUUGCUUCUCCUUCCCAUACUUCAGGCUCUUCUCCCACAAACACCUAUCCACACUCUCCGAGUAGCAGAGGUAUAGUAGGGUCUUAUCUUGAAACUCUGAGUCAGGCGCGUUUUUCGAUGCAUACCUACGUUAUGUGUGAGAUCUGGUGUGACAGGCAUUUGCUGUGCAGUCCGCCCCCUGUCCCCUGCUCCAGUGACUGCAGUCAGAUCUUUUUUUCGUGUGUAAUUAGCCAGCAGUGGUAGCAAAGUGAGAGGGAAAGUCAAGGAGCUGCUAGCACAUGAGUGUGAUUCCUCAUCCUGGGGAAGAUGUUCAGUGAAGAGGGGAAAGAAAUGUGAGAUUUUCCCAGUUCGUUAUCAUUUGUCUGUCGUGUUUGCAACCAAGGUUGCUGCUGGCUGUGUGAUCUCAAAUUGUUACUCUUGCAGGGAGGAUUCCGGGAAUGCCUGUUGCUGUAGGUAUCGCAGCGGCUCAGCAGGCUGCUGGGAGGCUUGGGGUGUCGGAGUGCUCUGUUUCAGCACGGUUCUGAACUCUCCAAGAGACGUUUGCUCUCCUCCUUCCCAUGCUCUGGCCAGGAGCGUCGAUUAUCCAAAGGGAGAUCUUCCAGCAGCAUUGGUGUCGGGAGACAGGACCCCGGUGCUGUGCUGUGCGUUCAGCUUCCCCUUCCUGAACAGCCUUAAAACACAGCUGCCCUGCCCAGCGGCUUCGUGUAGCUUUGUGCUCUGGUGGGGUGCCAUUUCUGUGCAGUACCUAUGUGAGGAUGAUUGUGCUCCAGGAUGCCACGCUGCAAAGUGUGAGGUCCUACGACAGUGAAAUUUUUCCUUUGUUUUUGUUGUUUCCCCUUAUAUUUUGAGGGAGGAGGGAGCGGCUGGCUCCUGGUAGACCUUUUCCGUCCUUUGCAGGCUCGUCUCGUCUCUGGUUUGAUGCUUCCUUCAUCGCUCACCUGAUCUGUUGUGUUCUUUUCCUUUCUGUCUGGGUCAUCCUCUGCCUCCCUGUAGCACUGCCAAGUGUUAGUAGUGUUGGGAAGAGCAAGGACAGUCUUUAGCAAAGACUGUGCUCCUAUGAAUGCAGCAGGGCCUUGCGUUUCUAGUCUUGUGAACCCGAUGGCUGUUCUGCUAUCCGUGCGGGAGGUGGGCAGGGUUAUAUUUACCAAGUAUGUUAUAUUCUUAUAUUUCCUGCAGCCAGAGUAUUGUUGGAACAUGUUCGUCAUGCUUUGAACUCCUUUAGCUGGAGCUCCUUCCUAGGCCACCUGCUUUGAAUCCGUAAUGCUGAAGUGAGAAUAUUGCAGUUUCUUUGGGUGGUUAUUCUGCUUGCAAAGACCUGUCUCCUCGGAAAGCAGAGGCCAAGCACCAGCCCCUCCUGGGGCAAGUGGGGAAGGUAGCAUGAGGCCAUGGUUAGUUUUAAGUUAUUCUUGUUAAAAGUAUUCCUUACAUAAAAUUUGUUUUGCUUAAAUCUUUGUUCUCACGUCUUGCUUUAGUCUGUCUGUAUUUGCCUUGACUCUUCUCAGCGGUGUCAAAUCCGCAGGGACUGGGGCUUUGCGUCUGCUCGGCACAAUGCUGGAGAUCAACCCUCCUCCUUAGUGGCCAGGUCUGUCAAAAAACAAUGCCUCCUCCACGCGCAGGGCUUCGGGGAGUUUUUUGGGGUGUGUCUUUACUCCUUAGUCGGAAUGUUAGGGACUUGAUACUCAACGUAGCAGAAAACACCCAUCAAAAAACUUUUAAAAAGGUACUUUGCUCGAAUGCAGAGGAAAACUCAAGCUGGCUGCAGUGCGCUGUGCAUGGCUGUCGUGGUUUAUGUCCCAGAGCGCUUGCCCUGCUCGGUGGUGGAGGUGGAUGUGGCAGCCUGCAGCUUCACAGAUGGAGACGCCUCAGCUUUCCCUGCCGGAGCGGGGCCGUGGGGCUCAGGGCUGAGCUGAGGCUGCUCCCUGUGCCACUCGUGCCGCAGGACAGAGCUGUGCGUUGGGCUGUUGCAGAGCUGCUUGUGUUUUUUGGGCUGCGCUCCAUGACUUGCCUGUUAAAUAUUUGGGGCUGUUUUUCCCCAGUGGCUGAAGGAAAAGGGCAGAACUGGAAACUGAAUGUUGUUUUCUUUCUUUCUUUUUCUUUUUUUUUUUCUUUUUCCCCAGUCUGCUUUGUGCUUUGUUUUUGACUCUGAUGUAUAAACCUUGCUCCCAGGCUGUGGCUUUGUGCUGGCUGUGCAGGUUGCUCCUCAGGCUGCAGCCUGGCGGCCACUCUGUUUAGGUGUCUUUAGCAAGACAGCAGGAUGUGAUAAACUCACCUAAAGGGACCUUCUGUUCCUCCAUCUGCCUGGCCCAGAGUCCGUCACCCCACUGCAUUUACACAUCUGCAGGGACUGAGGCUUUCGCUGUACUUUAAAGCUCUUUUGCUUGACGUUUUUUGCUAAGGGUCGUGCUUUGCCUACAGAUUGUUCCCCUGGAAAGGAAGGGUGUUUCUGGAGGAGAUGGACAAGCACAGUGAGAUCCAGGAUAGCAGAAACCACGUGAAAGUAGAGGACAGAUUGCUGAAAGGCAAAGAAAAGCAAAAAUAGCAUGAUGCCUGAACAGUUGCAUCCCAGUGGUGGUGGUUUCCAAGGCUCCCCUAACCAGAUGUCGCAACUGCGACCUUUCCUGUGCCUAGAGCCAUUGGCCAGCCCCAGCCACCUUGACACCUUUGGGGCCAGGAGCUUCCAUGUGGCCCUGUUUGGGCCACCUCAUAUGCUGGCUGGCACCUCCUGGGGCUUGUCCAGCUUGAUGUUACCUCUGAUCUACUGGACGUGGAGAAUGUGGAGUUAGGGAAGGUCAGGGGGUGAGUUAAGGGAACCCCUGCCAGGUGGAGGGGGAACAGGAAUAGGAAUACCAAGGACAGACCUCAUUAAUGUAAAGACUUGUUGUCCAGAGCAAAUCCAAGGCAUCCUCUCCUUUCCCUUUUCCUUUAUUCCCUCUGUGAGCAUGGAUGCAGCGGGGCUGUUUGCCAAGAGCAGUGAGAAGUCAUGCCUUGUCCUGCACAGUGAUGGGGUAAAUACAGUUACCCAAGAAAACUCUUCCGCUCCCCUGCUGUCCCCCUCCACCCCCAUCCCAUCCAUCUGUCAGUCUGUGACGCUGCCCAGGAAGGGAUACAGCCACAGUGUAAAGGAGGAGGAAGGUGGGGUGGCCCUGACUGGCCCAGGCUCCUUGCCCAAGAGCCCAGGAACCCCAUCUAAGCUCAGUCCUGUCCCUCUGGUCCCUUCCUGAGCUAUGCUGUAGCCAUCUCCAGCUCCAGGAUCAUCUCCAGCUCCAGGAUCAUCUCCAGAUCCAGGAUCAUCUCCAGCUCCAGGAUCAUCUCCAGCUCCAGGAUCAUCUCCAGCUGAUCCUAACGCACCAACUGACUGUCCAGCUAUCUCAGCUGGAUGUCUGGCUGAUGUCCAGCCCUUUGCUAUCUCAGUCCUGGGAAUGGUAUUGUGGAUCCUGACCAGCAGCAUCUGCCACGGUCCUCUACGGGUGGCAAAUGUGCUUCAGCAGCCACCCGUCCUAGAGGAACCAUGGAAGACGUGAUCUCAGAUCUAGUGCAUUCAGGUCAAGCCCUUUGCUUUUGGCUUCAUCUUCUAGCAGCUCUGUCAGAUGCUAGAUGUCAGAUGCUCGGUGUCCUUUGCGUGACGCCAAGCUCUUGAUAAACUCAUGAAGCAAUUCCUGUCAUACAGGUCAAGUGGUGCUCCUGUGUCACCCUCUACAGGUGACAGCAGGCUGUCAUCAUCAGUGGCUGCAUCCCCAUAUCCCACCAGCUGACAUUUCUCUUCCC